AUGAAAUUCGUAGUAGCAGCUUUGGUCGUUCUGGCAGCAGCCGGUCCCCUCGCAACCGCCUGGAAGGUGCCCCCAGCAGGCUCAGGUGCUCUCGCCAAGGAGCUCCAGGACUUCGUGGAUGUGCUCCCGGUGGAGAAAGGCGUCGAAAUCGUCAGAGCCUACAUUGCUCAGGACAAACAAGUCCAGGCUCUCCUGAAGAUCGCCGGAUCUCCGCUAAGCUCAGCCUUAGUCAAGGAAGUGGAAGCAGUGCCUGAGUUCAAACAGCUGGCCAACUACAUCCAGAAAGCCGGCCUGGACAUCUACCUUUUGCUGAACCAUUUGAACAAAGCCUUGAAGCUCGACCCGAUCAAGCCUCUGUCCACCUACGUCGUAAUCAGUGGCAACGGAGUCAGUGGUCUUGUGAAGGACCUGAGGGCAAUCAUUCCCUACGAUAAACUCCAUGAUUUGUACAUUGAGAAGGUGGGGAAAUCCGCCGUGUUCAAGGACUUUAUCGUAGAAGUCAGUUCCCCCAAGUACCAAAAGUUGCACGAAGUCAUAGUCAACAGCCAGAACUUGAAGAGCAUUGCCCUGGAAUCGAAGAACGCUGGAGUUAACCCUGAUGACUUCCCUGAAGGAUACAGCGUGCUCUUGACUGCCCACGUUGUCCGCAACCGGGCCUAA